AUGCAGGUCGGUGACGAUUCUCCAACGACGCCAAUGGACGAUGCGAGGCCCUCUCGUAACUUGCGAAAGAGUGGCAGGACCCAAGAUGCUAGGUCUACAUCAGUAUCAAGCCCAGCAGAGCGCACCAAGCGGGAGGAGCUCCCGUCACCUGCUCUGACAUCGCCUCGGAUCACCAGGAAGAGACUUGCAUCUGUCGUGGAAGUUGUCGAUGGAGAGGACAGUGUCGAGAAUGACAGUCCUAUAGACGCUCCUCCCAGUGCAACUUCAACUGGCUCUCUUGAUUUUGCAGGUCACGUCUGUCUCUGCCAACCUGAACCCAAGAUACCCCGCCCGCGGAAUGCAUUUAUCCUUUAUCGUCAGCACCACCAGCAGGCUAUCAUCGCUCGCAACCCAGGACUCAACAAUCCUGAAAUUUCCAAGAUUAUCGGUGAGCAGUGGAAGGCUGAAAUUGGAGAGCAGAAGAAGGUUUGGCAAGAUCUUGCACAGGAAGAGAAGGUCAGACAUCACGAGCAGUAUCCCGACUACCGCUACCAACCUCGUCGUAUGGGCAAACCAGGAUCGUCACCCUUAAACCCGUCAGGCCAGCAUACGACUGUGGAGAAGUAUCGUUGCCCAAGGUGCGGUGGUCGCAGCAUCAAGACUCCUACCAGUCCAUUCCUAGACUCUUUGGGCACUCCUACGUUGCCUCCUACGUUGCCUCCUCCGAACAUCUCCGAAGGUCUUACCCCCACGACACGUUACUUGCCCGUGAUGAGUAACCUCAGCCUGGAGUCACCUGUCCGCCGACGCGGCCACGGUCCGUCAAACCUCAGCAACAUCCAGGUGACUUCUGCAAUGCGUGACGACACAGCGAUGUAUAGUCCCCUUACUCCAAACAAGAAACGCCGAUUCGACUACGGACCACCACCCUCUGGUAAUGGUCGUAGACCUGAUGUUCCCUACUACCCGCAAUAUGCUCGACGCGACUCACUUCCUCCCAUUCAAGUGCGGUACUCGCCUCCGAAUAGUGCCGGCAUACCGCAUCCACGCACUCCCCGCGAAUCCAGACGGAGCUCGGUAAUUGAACUGGCUCCUCCCCCGCAAAGUGCGAGUCCCAAGACAGUCGAAGAAAUUCUCGGCGCCUUUCCCUACCCUAACAAGAUCAAGCUACUUGGCCGGAUAAUACCACCGUACAAAGAACAUGGCCUUGAAAAUCCAGCUUCUCUCAAGAACCGCGGUGCCAUUAUCGCCGUCGAAGGCGACGAGUUGGCCCCAGUCAAGGAACUCUCGGAAUGGCUCUAUGAUUAUCUCACCAAACAAAAAGAGUACAGUCCUCGCAUUGCUGAGCCACCAAAAGCCCCCGAAGAGAGCAAUAAGGACGUUAGCUUUGAAGACUACCUCGACCUGAUCAAAGAGUGGCAUGGCAAGAGCAAGGAGAUGAUCAACUACAUCACCACACCGGCCACUGCGCAGUCGGAAGAUGCUAUCAUGUCUGACAAAGGCUUCGACAAGGAGACUGGCGAGCGCAAGGACUCGGCCACACCACCAGACUCACCUGACUCGCCCGACCCUGCCACGACCACGAAGCCCGUCAUCAUCCUCCCCACCUUCCAGCUACAAGCUUCUGUGGCAUAUGCUUCGCGCAUCCCCAUUCAGGAUGCAUACAGUGCAACCGAUCACUGGCAGUGGAUGGCGACAUUGUGGCGUGGCACCGUCGGUCCCGAUCUAACGAUAUACGUGAAGACGUAUGACGCGAAGGAGGGAUAUGCUGGCGCGAAACCGGAUAUGGAUGAGGCAGUGAGGUGCUUGACAGUGUUCAAGGAGAAGGAGGGCAAGUUUGUCGAUGCAGAUUUGAGGCGGGUGGGCUUUGAGGUGAAUGAGUGGAUCCAGGGGAUGGGUGCUGCGAAGAGUGCCUGA